AUGAUUUCUCAACUCUGGCUAUCAAGAUCUCGCCAUCGACCGGCCAGGAUCUCCUACAGACUAGCUCUCAUCGCCAGUCUCGCACUAUGUCUGCUCUUCUCACCCAUCGUCACAGCUGGAGAUCCAGAGGUCACCGUGACUCGAGUGGAGAACCUGCCCAAUCGGCUGUUCUACUUUGAUGACACUCCGGUGGUACUAUUCCAUGACCCUGUCAGACUGACCGUUAUGCGCUCUCCUGAUGAGGGUAAGACCUGGUCACCGAUUAGUGGCCCUCAAGACGGCGAAGCUGUUCGAUUGAUUGACCAUCCUCAUAACAACAAAAUGGCUUUCAUCAUUGGAAGAGACACCACUCAUUGGGUGACAUAUAAUCAAGGAGAUAGCUGGCAAUCGUUUGAGACUCCUCAUGAAGCAAGUCUCGGUGGAUCGAUGCUUUCUUUUCAUGCCGAGAAUGAUGGUUGGAUACUAUUCCAAAGCCGGGUGUGCGAGGAUACAGGUUCAGGAAAGUGGGGAGGAGGAAGAUCGUGCUGGGACGAGACUUAUUACACUAAAGAUGCUUUCCGAACCGAACCUCAACUUCUUCUCGCCCAGACUUCUCAAUGUCUAUUCGCUCGCUCAUCCGACGCUUUCGUCGGCGCACUAGAGACCCUUAUAUUCUGUGUCGCCUUUGACCAAAGUAAUAAACCUGGAGGAGGACAUAGCUUCAAGGAAAGCAGACUGUAUUCGUCAGAGGACUGGUAUCAAACCAAGAAUUUUGUGGACUUGGGUAUUGGGAAACGAGCGAGAGGUGUGGUGGGACUCGGAGUGGUGUCAAAGUUCAUGGUGGCGGCACUCAAGGUGUCGGACGGUGAAGGAGCCAGAAGAGCGGGCGAUGGUGAUCCCAUCGAGGGAACGUAUUUUGUGGAGGCUUUGGCGGAUACCAACCGGAAUGAUUAUGGAAUCGUAGAUUUUGAACAACUGGUCGGGCUGGAAGGAGUUGGGAUCGCCAAUGUCGUUGCAAAUCGAGAGGAAGUCGUGGGUUGGGGAGAGGAGAAGCGGAUCAAGAGCAAGAUCACGUAUGAUGACGGAUCAAGUUGGAGGUUCCUCAAGGCUCCUGUCACCGCGAUGAACGGAGAUGACUGGGGGUGUGAUCGAAACGAUAUCGACGGGGCUCACAAGUACGAGUUUGGAGAUCAAGGAAGUAUUCUCGUUAUUGUGAACGAUGAGGAAGCAACGGACCACGUCAAGUAUUCUUAUGAUGGUGGCGGUACUUGGACACAAUUGGAUCUAGGUGUUUCGAUUCGUGGUUUAGUUCUCACCACCAUUCCCGAUUCAACUUCGCAAAAGUUCCUCCUUAUCGGUACGCUUCCUCGACGAGACUCUGGCAAAGGAGGUCGCCAUGCCCUCAUCUUCCUUGAUUUUGCGCCCGUUCAAAAUCGACAAUGCACCAGUUCAGAUCUUGAACGAUGGUACGCCCGAAGUGCAGAAGGCAAGGAGUGUCUCAUGGGUCACAAGCAAUGGUAUCAAAGACGAAAACUUGACGCUCAAUGUUAUGUCGGCAACAAAUUCGAAGAUCCCGUAGGACAUGAAGAGAACUGCGCUUGCACCGAUGAGGAUUACGAGUGUGAUUUCAAUUAUGUUCGACAGGACGGAGAAUGUGUUCCCGUAGGUCCAGAACCGGUCCCUGCGGGAACAUGCAACAAGCAGGAUGAUGAGUAUCUAGGUUCAUCCGGAUAUCGAAAGAUCCCUGGAAAUACUUGUGAGAACCGAUCGGGUAAAGCAAAGGACAGUCCGAUCAUGAAGUCGUGUUCCUCUGCUAGACCAGAGAACGGCAAAGUAUCCCACGUCACCCACGAAUUCAACUCUGCUAUCACGCAACAUCAAUACUUUCCUGGGUCUCAAUCUAUCCUCCUUCAGCUCAGCGAUGGUACAGUGUGGCAAUCAAGCAAUGAAGGCUUCUCCUGGAAACAACUUUACGAGCAGGAAACAUUCCUUGGAGUCACCAUGCACACGUUUGCUAGUGAAAGGGGUUAUCUUCUGACUGAUUCAAAGAGGAUCUACCAUACUACCGAUUAUGGAAGAUCUUGGAAUGUCAUUACCGCUCCCGAGGUACCAAACAAUCUGGGCAUUCCUAUCCUUGAUUUCCAUCCUACAAAAUCAGAUUGGCUUAUUUACACCGGCGCUACUGGAUGUGCCGACACGCUGUCAACAAACUGUCGAGCUGUGGCAUACUACUCGACUGAUCAUGGUCGUCGAUGGAAGAAGAUUGAAGAGUAUGUACGGAAUUGCGCUUGGGCGAGGGACGCGAGAUUGAAGAUUGAUGAGAGGGAGAUCAUUUGUGAAUCGUACAAGAACAAGAAAGGGUCGCAAAACGGUGGAGAUUACAAUCCUCUCGAAUUGAUCGCUGGUGCCAAUUACUAUUCCAAAAAGAUCAAGCUGUUUGAUGCGGUCGUUGGAUUUGCCAGUUUCUCGGAAUACCUAUUGGUCGCAAAAGUAUGUGGUGGUUUGACGAUAUCAGAUGCUGACGUAUCCAAUUCAAAUGGAACUUAUUACAAUCUCGCCGUCGAGUAUGUCAAUCGAAAUACCGCGGGAUACGUAGAUUUUGAGAAGAUGCUUGGUCUUGAUGGAAUCGCUGUGAUCAACGUGGUUGCAAACCCAAACGAAGCAGAUAUCUCGGGGAAGAAGAAGCUUCAAACGCGGAUUACCCACAACGAUGGUGGUACAUGGAAGCCUAUGAAUCCUCCUCCGAAAGACUCUCUAGGUCAGGAAUAUGAUUGUCGAUCGACUGUGAGUCAUUGCCAUGGUGUUUACAAGCUGACCCGUCAGUCUUGCUCCUUGCAAAUUCACGGUUAUACCGAACGACGAGAUCCCAAAGCAACCUACAGCAGUCCAUCGGCUGUCGGUCUUAUGCUUGCAGUCGGUAACGUCGGGGAAGAGCUCGCAGCGUAUACCGACUCGGAUGUGUUUUUAACCAGAGAUGGUGGUUUUACCUGGGAAGAGGUGCACAAGGAUGCGCAUAUAUGGGAAUUUGGUGAUUCCGGUUCGAUACUUGUCUUGGUCAAUGACGAGGAAGCUACCGAUCAUAUCUUGUUCACCACGGAUGAAGGUCUUACCUGGAACGAUUAUACCUUUGGACAGACUCUUCGAAUAAGAACGAUCCAAACUGUCCCAGACGACACCAGUCGACGUUUCCUUUUAAUCGGUAAUGUGCCCGGACAAUCAGAUAAAUCGGUUCUUGUUCAUCUCGAUUUCUCAGCUAUAACCAAUAUCAAAUGCCAACUUAGUAUUGAAGACCCCAAUCACGAUGACUUUCAACUGUGGUCACCCAGCGAAGGCAGGGAGGAAAAUUGCUUAUUCGGUAGGCAGACAUUGUAUCACCGACGUAUCAGAGACAGAAAUUGUUAUGUGGGGGAAAGGGUCAACCAGCCGAAAACGAUUGUCAGAAACUGCACUUGCACACCCGCGGACUUUGAAUGCGAAUUCAACUACAGACGCGAUGCUAGCGGUAAUUGUGUCCUGGUCGAUGGCGCUUUACCUCUUUCCCUCGAUACCGAGUAUGAACAGUGUGACGGGUCUACCGACUACUGGUAUGAAAGGACGGAAUAUCGCAAGAUUCCUUACUCUUCUUGUGAAGGUGGUGAGAGGCCCGACAGAGGGAAAAGACACGAUUGUCCCGGUUUGAUAUUACGCGGUGGGUUAGGUGGAUUAUUCUGGGGAUCAGUGGCUAUUAUUCCUUUUGCGUUUGCUGGUCUAGCAGGUUGUUCCAUCCGUUUGGGAGAUCAUCGGGCAUUCGGAGACGACUCGCCUGCUGCAGGUGUUUUAUCAGUUGUCGCAUCAGUGCCAGUCUUCCUCAUUGCUAUCACGCAAGAAGGUUGGGCAUGGGUGACGAGAAAAGUCCCAUUCCUCGAUGAUCUAUUUGCGAGGAGAACACCGUAUAGGAGUGUACCGAUUGACGAUGAUGCCGAAGUACUGGGCAAUUACGAAGACGAGUAG